ACAAAAUGGCGCCCGUUAAAGGUGUGUUGUUGGCACAUACAAAUUUCCCAUUGUAUACAGUGCAGUCUCUCGAUGAAAGACACUUUCUUGUCGCGGGUGGUGGGGGACAGGCCAAGACUGGUGUUGCCAACGCUGUGGAAAUCCAUGAAGUAAAGGCAAGUAAGCAAGGUGUACAGAGCGUCGCUGUUUGCCGCCAUGAGACUGGCACACACGCUGUGAUGAACUGUGCCUCCUUUUAUGACGGACGGCACCACCAUCUGGCCACGGGCGAGGACGAGCUGUGUCGGUCUUAUUCCGUCAAGUACAAAGUGGUCACCCCGACCAAGGCGGAGAAGGCAGAUACAGAUAAAGCCAAUGGCACUGCUACGAGACAGAGGAAAGGAGAAAAAGCAACAGACGACGGCACAGCAAAUGGAUCAGCCCAGAAGCAGAAACAGUUGACAUUCCAGAUUGAAGGCACUGGGGAAGUAGCCACAGAUUUCUCCAGUGACGGAGGCUUCCAGAAGUGUGUCCGCUUUUUUCCUGACUUCUCUCAGCUGGUCACCGGGGGGGGCGACGGCCACGUCAGGGUGUGGAAGUAUCCAGAUUUUAAAAAGGUUUUGGAUAUUCAUGCUCACAAAAAUGAAAUUGACGAUCUGGAUGUCAGCCCAGAUGGUUCAAAGAUAAUAACAGUGUCCCGUGAUACAAAUGGCAGCGUGUGGAAUGCCAAAGAUGGCAAGAAAAUCACAGAUCUAGUUUGGAACCAAAAAACAGACGGUGCUUACCGGUUCCGAGCCUGCAGGUACGGGUUGAUCGAGGGUAAGAAAGACAAGUACAACAUUUACUCGGUGAACAUUCCAGUGACGCGCUCGGCCAAGAACCAAUGCUUCAUCUCUCUGUGGGACUGUGGCAAGUUUUCCAUCAAGAAGACGGCCAAGACUGGCUCGGAGGUGAUCUCUUCCUUCACCGUCAGUAAGGAAGGCGUUUACCUGGGAGUGGGUACAAUCUCCGGGAGUGUGGCCGUCUACAUUUCCUUCAGCUUACAAAAACUGUACAUGGUGAAGGAGGCUCACUCCAUCUUUGUGACCGGGGUAGAGUUCAUGCCCAGCUCGGAGGCGGCGCGCGCCGUGACCGGCGACCAGGACUUCAACCUGCUCAGCAUCUCAGCCGACAACACCGUGCGACUUCACCAGUGCCCCGAGAGGACAUUUAUCAACCCAGUUUGGCCGAUCCUGGCACUCAUUGCAAUCAUCUACUUCCUGUUCUCAAUGAUGGCGGACAUGGGUUUGUGAUGCUGGUGAUGAAGGCUUGUGGUGGUGAUUGUGAUGCUGUGGUGAACGCUUGUGGUGGUGAAUGUGACGCUAUGGUGAACGCAUGUGGUGGUAAAUGUGAUGCUGUGAGUGCAAAAGUGUGGAAACUGGGACUUGCUGGGAGGUCUGCUCAAUGCGAUGUGUUCCAAGAGAAUCAAACAAUGUUUUGUAGUUUGCGUCUUCCCAAUUACUGUUUGGUGUUCUACGACUAAAUGAUGCGAUCAGGAUGACCUGUAUGUAUUCAGGAUUCUGGCAAUAAGAUGUCCUGCUAAUAUCCAAGGUCACUAUUACAAACUGUAGGUUUUUAACGGCAUUCAAACAGAGAAAUGAGUGGCAAACCAUGAUCGCCAAUAUCUGUUUUAGAUCUGGCUCUUGAAAAAGUAGAAUUCCUCCUGCUAUUGGAAUAGGAAGGUCCUCCUUUCUGGCAUGAACAGCUACAAGCCUUGAUGGCCACCUCGGAAUCUGACCUUACAAGACUCGCUCAGAAGUGUUAGGUUGGUGGGGUGGCUGAGUACCUCUGAGUCUAACCAGACUUUCACCUAUAAGUGUUAGGUAGGUCGGGGGGGGGGGGGGGGGGGGGGGCUGGGUGAUGGUAAGAAAGUGUCCUUUUGUGGGGGCCUUGUCUGAGAGGGUUAGAAAGAAUUGACUCUACUAGGCGGAGAUGGGUUAUACUGCUUGGUUCAACACUUUAGCUCACACCUGAUUGAUUUAAAAUGUUCUUUGUCAUGCAAACCAUCUUAAAUUUUGUAUUAUUAGUCAUUGAGAGAAAUUUCUGCAUAUUGCUUUUGUAGAUCACCCCAGUGUUGAAGGGUAGAACUCGUUCUUUUAUCAUUUAGAGGGAGAUGCCUCGCGUCUUGUGAUACUUGUUGUUUUUUCUGAAGAUGUGCAAUUCCUUCUGCGAGACUUUUGUUGGUAAGAAUGUAUGUCUGGAACAGGUGCUUGAUUACUUCAUCGUUAAACUGAGAUGAUGGAAGUUUGAAAAGACCGAAUGAGCAUUUUAGUUAGGUUUUUUUUCCCUCUUUUUCUUGCCUUAAUUGUUCAUGCAUUGUGUAUUCUGUUUUGCAUGAAGAAAGUCUCACUGUUUUAUCUGUUUCUGUUUUGUGGACUCGCCAUACUAUAGCACUUAUUCUGUUUCUUUUCUUACACUUCUUUGACUCUGUCUAUUUUUCUCUCACCUCAUUGGCUCCCUUUUUUGUUGUUGUAAUGUAUGGUCAUUUGUUUGUUCCGUUUUAUGAUGGGAGACAGUGUGGUGACACAUAUUGUCACUGUUUUUUCUGGCCUGAUUCAUGUACCCAACCGUAUUUUGUAGCCUCCAUUUCUAACAAAAUGUGGGUGGUUGGCACAUGCUCUGGUGUGGUUUUCUCCUUCUUUCCUGUUUGUCAUCUGUUGUCCUUAUCUC